CCGAGUCUCCACGAUUCUGUCUCCAAGAUUCUAACACUGUACAUCUGCUUCGCGAGCUAAAUGUUAUAACCAACCAACACGUGACCCACCCGCCAAGUCGCAACCACCGUCAAUCACUGCACCCAUUCCGCGCCAACACCCUGCAUGACCCCGCGCAUGCGUCCCGACCUCUCCCAGGGCGCCGAGACCAGCCAUGUCUCCCCGCUGCGCUUCUAUGCUGCCCUCGUCAGCCUCACCUGGUGGCUGAUCGUCUGGGGCAUCUGCGCCAUCGGCGUCACCCAACUAUUCCGCUACUACUGGACGCGCCCACUGCCCGCGGCAUGUGUUACUGCCAUGAAGGAGGCCGACGUGCCGCGCGUCACCGUUAUCCGACCCGUGUCUGGCCUCGACCCGCGCCUGUAUGAGUGUCUGGCCUCGAGUCUGCGCCAGACGUACCCCGCCGCCCGCAUCAACAACGUCUUCUGCGUCGCGAGCCGCGACGACCCCGCGUACCCCAUCCUCGAGCGCCUCGUGCGCGACUUCCCGCACGCCAAUGUCCACAUCACCGUCGAGGACGAGGACCCGCUGCUCGCAAACGACCGCAGCGCGCUCGGCCCCAACCCCAAGAUCCGCAACAUGAGCCGCGCCUACCGCGAGGCCAAGGGCGCCCUGGUGUGGAUCCUGGACUGCAACGUGUGGGUGGGCCCGGGCGUCGGCGCGCGCUUCGUCGACCUGCUGUGCGGCUACAGCACCGACGCGCGCAAGCCCAAGACGAAAUUCAAGUUCGUGCACCAGACGCCGCUGACCGUGGACCUCGACUCGCAGAGCCUGUCGCUGGAGCAGCGCAAGGAGCUGCUCGGCGGCGCGCCCGCGGACCGCAGCGCUGCCACCGCCGCCGCCGCGUCCAGCGAAUCCGCCGCCGCCAGCUCCGCCUGGCAGCGCGUGCUCCAGCGCGCCGGCGCCCGCCUCGACGAGGCCUUCAUGUCCUCGGCCCACGCCAAGUUCUACCAGGCCAUCAACACCGUCAAAGUCGCCCCCUGCAUCAUGGGCAAGAGCACCAUGUUCCGCCGCGCCCACCUCGACGCCGUCACCGCGGGACACCCCGUGUACGCCCCGGGCAUCGACGCCUUCUCCGACAACAUCUGCGAAGACCACCUGAUCGGCGACGCCCUGUGGAAGCGCCCGCAGCCGUUUGAGAAGCCGGGCUACGCCCCCCCGCCCGGUGAAAACGUGGACACGGCCGGGCCCUGGGGCAACCACGAAAUGCUCUUCGGCGACUUCUGCUUCCAGCCCAUCAGCCACACGCCCCUGGCCGCCUACCUCGCGCGCCGCAUCCGCUGGCUGCGCGUGCGCAAGUACACCGUCACGCUCGCCACGCUCGUCGAGCCCGGCACCGAGGCCUUUGCGUGCGGCGCGUACGGCGCGUUCGGACUCACCACGCUGCCCGUGUUCCGGCCGUAUAUUGCACCCUCGUGGACCGCGUUCGCCCUCAUCUGGCUCGCGCACUGUACGCUCUGGUGCGCGGUGGACUGGGUUACGUAUCUGCUGCUGCACAGCGCGAAGACGGUCGAGGUUGAUUCCGAGACACCCGAUUUCGUCUUACCACUCCCUAUGCCUACUUCUCCCGCUUCCUCUUCCCCCGCCAUCUCUCCCCCCAACAAACCCCCCGCCGACACCUCCCCGCUCCUCGCCCACCAGCAACACCAGCAACCGCCCCUCCGCGCCGGCGCCCGCAGAUCCUUCCCCGAGUUCCUGGCCGCCUGGUGCGGCCGCGAGCUCUUCGCGCUGCCUAUCUGGAUCGUUGCGUUUUGGGGCGGCGCGACGGUGGAGUGGCGUGGGAGGAGGUUUUAUGUCGGGUUUGAUACUAAGGUGAGGGAGAUUGGGGGGGAGUCUGGCGGGAAGGGGGUUGUGGAUGGCAAGGCUGAGGGGGCGAAGGGGAAGCCAGGGGGGAAAUCCGAGGGGAACGGGAAGGCGAAGGCUGAGGGGAAGGGAAAGGGGAAAACGAGGGAGUAGCGCAGAUGGAUAUCGAAGGAUGUACGAGUAGUCCACAUGUCACACACAUAUAAA